UCUUUUUGUAUUUAAUUACAUUAUAUUUAUAUAAAGCUUAAUAAAUUGUUGUGAUUAAUUGUGAAACAAUAUCUGCUAUGAGUAUCAAAUAUUUUGACCACAUAUCAUUUAUUCAAUAUUAAGUGCUGCGAUAGUGACGAAAAUGGAUUUAAUCUCUUUAAUAAUAUGCACCCUAUUUGUUGUUUUAAUAAUCCCCACAAUUAUAUCGACAUCAUAUCAUCAAUAUAUUCUUCGACGAAAACUCAAAAACAUUCCUGUAUAUGGCAGAUUUCCUUUUGGCGUGACAUUUGAAUUAUUAAAACUGACAAAUUAUGAACGAAUACAAUGGUUUAUACAACGCAUGCUUCAAUUUAAAGAAGGAAUUUUCGUAUAUUGGAUAGGCAUGAAUCCAUUCAUUAAUCUCUAUAAACCUGAAUUAUUAGAAAUUAUUAUGCCUAGCACAGUAAAUAUCAAGAAAGGACAUCCAUAUGAAUUGAUGGAAUCUUGGUUAGGCAAAGGACUUCUAACUUCUACAGGAAAACAAUGGUUCCAUGAUAGAAAGUUGAUCGGGCCAACGUUCCAUUUUAGUAUAUUAGAUCAGUUUGCCGUGAUUAUGUCCGAAAAAGCAGAAAUCUUGAUAAAAUGUCUCGAGAAGGAGAUAGCAAAGAAUCCAGAGAAGGCUAUCGAUAUUUUUCCUUUCGCUAAUAAUGCUGCUCUUGAUGUUAUAUGUGAAACGGCAAUGGGUGUGGAUGUACAUGCUCAAGAAGAGGAAACCAAGUAUACUGCUACGAUACAUAGAGGUUCGAAAUUAAUUAUAGAGCGAUUCUAUCGACCAUGGCUUUGGCCAGAUUGGCUCUACAAUUUAGUGUCUCCAGGAAAGGAAUAUAAAUCAGUGAUUAAUAUAAUCCAUAAGUUUACAGGAGAGGUAAUACGUAAGAAAAAGAUUACACGACAAUCGCAAAACAGUUUUACCAAAACGGAAAGUGAAAAUGAUGAACUUGAUAUAACCAAGCGGAAGAGGAAAGCUUUUUUGGAUCUAUUACUAGAUCAGAAUGAGAAGGAUGAAGCUCCGUUAACCGAUGAUGAAUUGCGGGCGCAAGUCGAUACAUUCAUGUUCGAGGGUCACGACACAACUGCGGUUGCGAUAACUUGGACGCUCUUUCUUUUGGGCAAUAAUCUAGAGCAUCAAGAAAAAGUUCAUGAAGAACUCGAUGAAAUUUUCAAAGAUUCAGAAACACCAGCUACCAUAAAGGAACUGUCGCAAUUAAAAUACCUCGAUAGGGUCAUAAAGGAAACUCUCAGAAUAUAUCCAAGUGUACCCACGAUCACAAGAAAAUUAGGAGAAGAUGUAAAAAUGGGUGAUUAUAUGCUCCCAAAAGAUAUUACAGUUGUUUUGGCAAUUGUAUUAGUGCAUUUAAAUCCGGAAGUUUGGCCAGAUCCAAAAAAGUUCGAUCCUGAUCGCUUUCUUCCGGAAAAUUCAAAACAUAGAAAUCCGUAUGCCUACAUUCCAUUUAGCGCCGGACCAAGAAACUGCAUCGGCCAGAAAUUUGCUUUACUCGAAGAGAAAACAAUGUUAACAGCUAUUCUAAGAAAGUGGAGAAUAAAAAGUGUAAAAAAGCCAGAUGCAAUUGAAUACGGGGCUACUCUUAUUUUCCGACCAAGCGAAGAAAUAUGCAUCCAUUUCUCGCCAAAGAAAUAAUUAAUUUAUUGGCAAAUAUUCAUGUUUAUCUUUAUCGUAAUCUUUAUUAUCUUUCUCGAAUUUCAAAAUAUGAAUAUUUCCUCGUUGUUUUUAUUGUAGAUAUAGCAUGCUAUUGUACACUGCAUUUUAAUAAAUAGAUUGAGAUAUACGUUA